AUGGCUCCCAAGGCAACGACCAAGGCCGCGGCGCCCAAGAAGGCCGCUGCCGCCACCGCCAAGCCCGCCCCCAAGGCGACGACAACCAAGAAGGCUGCCGCCGCGCCCAAGCCCGCCGUCAACGGCACUUUGGCCGCGUCCAAGAAGCGCAAGGCUGACGACGAGGCCACCGACGGCGAGUCCGCCGAGGACGUCCCCAAGACGAAGAAGGCCAAGACGACCAAGGAGCCGGUCAAGAAGGUGGCUGCCGUGAAGAAGACGACUGCCACGACUACCAAGACCAAGGCUGCUGCUGCUCCUGCUCCUGCCAAGAAGGCGGCUGCUGCUCCUGUUGCCAAAAAGGCGGCUGCUGCUGCUCCUGUUGCCAAAAAGGCCACGAAGAAGGCCGCUACACUCAAGAGUGAUGUCGAGAGCGCUUCCGAGUCGGAGCCCGAGAAGGAGGCUCCUAAGAAGGCCGAGCCCAAGAAGGCCGAGCCCAAGAAGGCCGCGCCGAAGAAGGCCGCCGUCACCAAGGCCGCGCCCAAGGCUGCGAGCAAGCGCAAGGCCACCGAGGAGCCGACCGAUGACGAGUCUGACAGCAAGAAGACCAAGAAGCCCGUCAAGCCCAAGAAGGAGGCCAAGCCCAAGCCUCAGCCCAAGCCUGCCGCUCCCCCCAAGCACCCGCACACGGUCGGCCGCAAGAUCAACGAUGCCCCUACGACCCUGCUCGACGUGUACGUCUUUGGCGAGGGCUCCUCUGGCGAGCUCGGUCUCGGCAGCAAGAAGCACGACGGCAAGAAGCCCAUUGACGUGAAGCGUCCUCGCAUCAACCACAACCUCGCCCGCACGCCCGUCGGCGUUGUCCAGAUUGCCUGCGGUGGCAUGCACGUUGCGGCCCUGACCCACGACAACAAGAUCCUCACCUGGGGUGUCAACGACCAGGGCGCCCUCGGACGCGACACCAACUGGGACGGUGGCCUCCGUGAUGCGGACCAGGCCAGCGACUCUGGGUCGGACGACGAGGACGAUGAUUCCGGUGUCAACCCCCGCGAGUCUACUCCCACCGCCGUGUCUGCCGAACAUUUUGCGCCCGACGCCAAGUUCGUCCAGGUCGUCGCCAGCGACAGCGCCACCUUUGCUCUGACCGAAGACGGUCGCGUCUAUGGAUGGGGUACCUUCCGCUCCAGCGACGGUAUCCUCGGCUUCAACCAAGACAUCAAGAUCCAGAUGACACCGCUGUACAUCCCCGAGCUCAAGUCGAUCAAGGCUCUCGCCGCCGGCUCCAACCAUAUCCUCGCCCUGGAGAACAAGGGCAACGUCCUCGCCUGGGGCUGCGGCCAGCAGAACCAGCUCGGCCGCCGCAUCAUCGAGCGCAACAAGAUGUCCUCCCUCGUGCCCCAGGGCAUGGGCAUCCCCAAGAAGAACAUUGAGAAGAUUGCCUGCGGACAGUACCACAGCUUCGCCCUCGACACCAAGGGCCGCGUCUACGCCUGGGGUCUCAACAACUUUGCCGAGACGGGCAUCCGCGAGGGCGCUGGCGAGGAUGACGCCGUCAUCCUGCGUCCCACGAUUGUCGACUCUCUUGAGGAGCACAAGAUUGUGGACAUUGCCGGUGGUCAGCACCACUCCCUGGCCUGUACCGAAGACGGCAAGCUCCUGACGUGGGGCCGCUUCGACGGCUUCCAGGUUGGUUUCGCCGAGAGCGCCGUGUCCGAGGACGACCUCAUCCGCGACGAGAGCAACAAUGCUCGCAUUUUGGCCGUGCCCACGGUUGUUCCUUCCCCUGAAGGAGUCGUCCGCGUCGCCGCCGGCACCGACAACAACUUUGCUAUCACCAAGGACGGCAAAGCCUACUCGUGGGGCUUCUCGUCCAACUACCAGACGGGCCAGGGCACCAUUGAAGACGUCGAGGCGCCCACGCUCAUCGACAACACGGCCGUCCGCGGGCAGAAGCUCGUGUCUGCCGGCGCGGGUGGCCAGUUCUCCAUCCUGUGCGGUGUGCCAGCCGAGUCUGCGUAA